CGGAGCUCCACUGAAGCUGCUGGUUCACAAGCUACCCGUCCCCAAUCACCUCAAUUUCUGCUUUCUGUGCUUCUGGGGAUGGAGUUAGCCUGCUCAUCUUGUUCCUCAACUCGGAUUUCAUCUGUGUUUAAUUACAACGGGAACCCUUCGUGUUCAAGAAAAUUAUCCAUUUGGUCCACUUGCAAAGCUGCUAACUUGGCCCUACUCAAACCUUCCAAGACCUUCCGCUCUUCAGUUGGGCUUCACAAUUCCAGAACCUUCUCGAAAAAUGCUCCAUUCGGAGUGUAUAGACGCAGCUCCAUCUGGGCCUGCUCUCAAGUUGGCGAUGCCGGAUCUGCCCCAAUUUUGAAUAAAGUUUCACAGUUCAAAGAUGCCUUUUGGAGAUUUUUGAGGCCCCAUACGAUACGCGGAACAGCAUUAGGAUCUGUUUCAUUGGUAACAAGAGCUCUAAUUGAGAACCCAAAUCUGAUUAGGUGGUCAUUGUUACUCAAGGCAUUUUCUGGACUCUUUGCUCUCAUAUGUGGCAAUGGUUAUAUAGUGGGCAUAAAUCAGAUAUAUGACAUUGGAAUUGACAAGGUAAACAAGCCUUAUUUGCCUAUAGCUGCUGGAGAUCUUUCGGUUCAAUCUGCAUGGAUCUUGGUUAUAUUUUUUGCUGUGGCGGGACUGUUUAUCGUUGGGAUGAACUUUGGUUCGUUCAUUUGUUCUCUUUAUGCUCUUGGUCUCUUCCUGGGCACCAUCUACUCUGUACCCCCCUUUCGCAUGAAGAGAUUUCCAAUUUUUGCAUUUCUAAUAAUCGCCACGGUACGGGGUUUUCUCCUUAAUUAUGGCGUCUAUUAUGCAACAAGAGCAGCUCUGGGGUUAAGCUUUGAAUGGAGCUCACCUGUGGCUUUCAUUACAACUUUUGUCACGUUAUUUGCUUUGGUUAUUGCCAUUACUAAGGAUCUGCCAGAUGUAGAAGGUGACCGAAAGUUUCAAAUUUCUACUUUUGCUACUAAGCUUGGCGUGAGGAACAUAGCAUUCCUGGGCUCUGGGCUCUUGUUGGUAAAUUACAUCGGUGCUGUAUUGGCUGCAAUUUACAUGCCUCAUGCUUUCAGGAGCAGGUUGAUGAUACCGUUGCAUGCAGUCUUGGCAGUAUGCUUAGUUUUCCAGACGUGGUUACUGGAAAAAGCGAACUAUACUAAGGAAGCAAUUUCAGCAUUCUACCGGUUUAUAUGGAAUCUCUUCUACGCAGAGUACUUGCUAUUCCCUUUCAUCUAACCUGUUGUUAAAGUUUCAUUAGCCUCGGGAAAGUAUCUGUUCAGUAUACUUUCUCAAUCAGUUGUAGCUCAAAGAGUCAAUACUCACCUUCCUCAAGGAGAGUCACAGAGGUGCCAAUUGAGCACAAGGUGCUUGGCACAUUUAGGUGUGUUAGUUGUAAGUGGAAGAAAAUUUAUAUGUGUAAUAUCUCAUUCAAGAGGCACAACAUUAUUGCUUAGUUGUUUCUCUUUCAUAAAAACAUUUCGAAUGAGAUGAA